AUGAGUGAUACCAAAAGUGUAAAGCUUCACAAUAUUAUAAAUGAUGCUGAAUAUUUAGCAAAUGCCAAUUAUUUUACCAAUGAGGAAAAUGAUAUUGAAAGCAUUGAUAAUAUGAUAAAUACAACUACCAAUUCUGAAAUAGAUUUAUUGAUUACUAGCAAUUUAGAAAAUGAAAUGUCAAUGCUAUUUACUAGCAAA